UCUACGCCAGGCGAGUGAGUGGGCAGUUGGGCCGCCCGCACUCGUCCCAUCCUAGACCCAUUCCAGUUGAGAGUGGCCGCGCUUACGGAUCCGUCAUUACGAGCACCGCUGUAGAUUGAACGUGACGCUUUGGGUGGUACUGACAAAACACUUGAGCGCACCCUCUCCUUAUGAUCAGAAUCUCUCCAGGCCGUGCAAUUUCUCCUCGUCUGUUCAUAAGAAACCCAUUCUCUGAAUCAAUUGCCCAAGCUGUCGCGCACAGCUUCUUUCCCCCUGUCCCGCCCGACAGCUGCGUCGUUGUUGAGACUGUCGCGCCGAUCUUACACCUGCGCCAGCAAAUCUGCCCCUCCACCGCCAGCGCUGCGGCGACCCCUCCGCCCUUAUAACCCCGCCAACGACCUCCUGUCGUCCAGAGGGCCCCUCACCCGAAACUUCCUCCACCACCAUCGCCGCUUCCUCUCGUCCUCGCCAAUUCCGCGCAUAAUGGCCGUCGGCACCGUUCUCGUCACCGGUGGCACCGGCUACAUUGGCUCCUUCACGACCCUCGCCCUCCUCGAACACGGCUACGAUGUCGUGAUUGUUGACAGCCUCUACAACUCGUCCAAGGUCGCCAUCGACCGCAUCGAGCUCCUCUGCGGCCGCCGCCCCGACUUCUACCAAGUCGACGUGACCGACGAAAAGGGCCUCGACGAGGUCUUUGCCAAGCACCCCGCCAUCGACAGCGUCAUCCACUUUGCUGCCCUCAAGGCCGUCGGAGAGUCGGGCGAUAUUCCCCUCGAGUACUACCGCGUCAAUGUGGGCGGUAGCAUUGCCCUCCUCCGCUCCAUGGAGCGCCACGGCGUCUCCAACAUCGUCUUCUCCUCCUCGGCGACCGUCUACGGCGACGCCACCCGCUUCCCCAACAUGAUUCCCAUCCCCGAGCACUGCCCCAUUGGCCCGACCAACACGUACGGCCGCACAAAGUCCAUGAUCGAGGACGUCAUCACCGACUUCAUCAAGGCCCAGCGCAACACCCUGCAAAAGGCGGGCAAGCCCCACGAGCAGUGGAACGGCGCCCUGCUACGCUACUUCAACCCCUGCGGCGCGCACCCCAGCGGUAUCAUGGGCGAGGACCCCCAGGGCGUGCCCUACAACCUGCUGCCCCUGCUGGGCAAGGUUGCGACCGGCGACCGCGACAAGCUGCUUGUCUUUGGCAAAGAUUACGCCUCGCGUGACGGAACCGCCAUCCGUGACUACAUCCACGUCGUCGACCUGGCGCGCGGCCACCUCGUCGCGCUCAACUACCUGCGGGAGAACAAGCCGGGCGUCAAGGCGUGGAACCUGGGCUCCGGCCGCGGCAGCACCGUCUUCGAGAUGAUCAAGGCCUUUGGCGCCGUUGUCGGCCGCGAGUUGCCCUACGAAGUCGUGGACCGCCGGCCCGGCGAUGUCCUGGACUUGACGGCCAACCCUGCGCUCGCCAACGAGGAGCUCAAGUGGAAGACGGAGCUGAUGAUGGAGAAGGCAUGUGAGGACCUGUGGCGCUGGGUCGAUAACAACCCCCAAGGCUACCGCCAGGAACCGCCGGCGAAGCUGCUGGACGCGGUCAAGGCGAAAAAGGCUUAAUGAAUGUGAAAGCUUGCGGGGACACGAUGGAACGGCCGAUCUGGUUGAGACAAUGGAAUAGAUGGGUGGUUGAAUAGCAUGACACCAGUAGAUUGGUCUCGGAUUACAGCUUAAACUGGGAAUUUCGACCAGGACCAUGACUUUGAACGGUGCGCCCGUCAACAGUGAGGCCACGACAACUUUUUGUUUUUAGUAUUAGGGUUCGCGAGCUUACUCGCAGUCUAACAAGAGCUUUCCCGUCGUCUUGCGGCUUUCAAUGUCCUGGUGGGCCUGGGCCACGUCCUUGAGCGCGUAGGUCUUGUGGAUGGCGACGCUG